CGACAUGUUUACUAUUUUAUAUGACAUUAAGGUCCGAUUCAUAUCGCAGCCCUGUGCAUCUGGGGUAAAAUUAGCGUGUGCGAGAUGGGUGUGAUAAACAUUGAACUUUAUUAGUUCCACAGAGCAUUUCUCUUGAACGAUGGUUUCUCUACAGUUAUAGGCGGUCAUAGUGACGUCAAAUAUUGACCUGUAUACUGCAUGCGUAUAUACUACAUUUCACCACAAACAUAAUGUGCUGGCAUGCAACAAUUCUUGCUACAUGUGCUCUUAUUUAAAGGUAGGUGUAGGGGUUUCGUUUUGUCCGCCACUGGCGGCACAUUCUCUAACUCCAGAAUAGAACACGGCGUGACGUGCCUCCACUCUGGAAAUCGUGUCAAGUCACGUGACGUAGCACGAUGUCACACAUGCCAACGAUUCCGCCGACGUCAAACCCGUUGACGGCAGUGGCACUGCAGAUGGCAAUGGAACGAGGCGUCAGAGAGACCUAGAGCUUCUCCAGAGGCCAUCGGUUUACAAAAAGAACGCACCCCAGGGCAAACUAAACCAAAAUGACAAAUCCGUGAAUUGCCUUUUUCGUACAUGUGACAAUCAGUGAUGCUGUGGAGCUAUGGGGUUAUGUUAAAAGUAUGCGUGUAGGGACCUAUGUAUGCAGGACUUAAUAUUUGUUGUAAACUUUGGCCUAGACGGUCUUCUUAGCGUGUAGGAGUGGGUCAUCUCUCAAAGGUGCCGAAGGUACAUGUAGACUAACGUUACCACGACCGGUAUAAAAAUGUUUGAAAUCAGCAACACUACAGUCUCGGCAAACGAUGACGAUGGAGAUCUAUAUCACGCUAGCUUCGAUUUCCUGCCCAAGAAAAGCGGCGGCAGCAAGCACAUUUUCAAAGGAAUGCUUUUCGGACGUGGACCUAGAAGCGGCGGGAAAUGUGCGGUGAAGGUGAAGCGAGACUGCUACACGACGGAAGCAGAGGACUGGCAAUGCGAGGUGAAUGCAUCCAAAGCUGCUAACACAAUCUCCACCGUUUUCAAUCAGCGCGUUCUUAGCAAGCAGCACUGCAAGAUAAGACUGCGGGUGCCGUUCACAGCCCUAAUGGACACCGUCUGCGGUUCGUGUUCUCUUGUCCAGUUGUUCUCUAACUGUGUGGGCAAGAGUAUAAAUGACUCCAAGCCAGAAAAAGACGAGUUUGUGCUAAUAGAAGAUUACAUCCGUGGAGACUUUAGUAAACUGAACUCCAACAACGGCUGGAAAUCGGCUAACUCCAGGUAUCAGGAGCUGCAGGCGUUUGCCCACUUCGCUUGGUGUUAUUCGGGUGGGGAAUUUGUGGUGGGGGAGUUGCAGGGUGUCAGGACGCCCCAAAACUACCUAAUCACCGAUCCUGUCCUCCACUCGAACAGUCAGCUGUUCGGUGAUCGGGACCAAGGCCAGCCAGGCAUUGAGGCUUUCUUCCAAGAACACGUGUGUAAUGACUUGUGCCGAAGUUGGGCAAAACCUUUCCAGAACAAUGACCCAAAUCUUCUGGAAACGGUAAAGGAAAUGCAUAAAUUUGGCAACAACAACAACUACAAUUUUUUCCAAUCAGACACAGUCUGGCCACCUCCUUGUCCUGUCGACUCCAUAGCCGAAAAGAACUUGGAUUAUUUAACCAACACAAAAUGGGUGACACAGAAUAACGUGAAUAGCUUUGACAAGGAGACAAUGUGGGUGGCUUCAUCUUUGCCAUAUUUGCAACUCCAAAAAGCUCCGCAAAAUACACUAACGGGAACGCUGUGGAAUGAGAAAAUUUGCUCUUGGCCAAAGAAAACACUACGCGACAAAUAUUCCUUUUGUCAAAUAAACACUUGAGUUAAAGCUAUAUAUACGUACUUAAACUAAUAUAAGGUGUAUCGCGCAUGCGUGUUCAUCGUUGUGAUCUGUAUUUCAGUUUGAAUUUAUGCGAAUCCUGCAAAGCCAUACCUAUACAGCCCUGUAUAUUUAUGUGAAUGUAUGAGCAAAUGUUUGACACGUAUCCUGCACUGUCCACUUACAGCGUCAGUUAUAGAACUUUGCCAUUACAUGCGAUGUGCAUGAGAUGGUUACAAGAUACGUGAAAAGGAACACUGAAACAACAAUGAAGGUUUCAAGGGAAAUGAAAGUCAAGUUGAAAAUGGGUGAAAUUUGUUUUUGCCAUAUUUGAGUCUUGUUUUGUAUCUGUUAAUACGAUCCCUUUAUUUUGUGCUUGUUUUCCGCCAGUGGUCGGAAAUUUUCGGAAAUGACGUCACAAAUGAACUGACUAGCGACCCGCAACUAACUUGAUGCCAAAAAACUGCAUGGGAUUUUCUCCCAGCUGCAAAGUUGUUUGCAGGAAAACUAAGGAAAACUAUAGCUUAAAUCCAUUUUUACACACGAAGAAGAAAGCUGAAAAGCUUGUUUGUACUUGUUUGUACCGUACAUGUUAGGAUACAUCCUAAACUGCAUAUCAAGGAAUAAAAUCAUACCUUUAGUGUAUCCUGUAACCGGCAUAGUUCAGUGAAAUAAGGAAGUUACAGAUCUGAAUAUAGAUAUUAUAAGGGAUGUCAUGAGGAUUUAAAUCAUACGGAUUGUGUCUUUCUUUGUUCCAUUGCGGAUGAAUCGAAUAUUCUAGUUCCAGGCUUGUUCUGUCUUCAACAGGUGCUGGAAGAGUCAGCUAUACAGGACAUGUUACGGCCGACCUAUAGUUAAUACCUAUAAAAAUACUGCGAGUCGUUUAUAGAUAUACAUAAAAUAUACAUGUUGUGAUUAACUGUUCGGGAUCAUUACCAAUAUGAGCAGUAUUUGUUUAGUAUAAGCUACCAUUUUCGCUCUGCUGACCAUUUUAGUCCUUCCGUGAUGCAUGGCGUGUUUCUGGUAGCAAACAGGAUCCAAUAUAUAUCAUAUAUUUAUGUGUAUCGUGCUGCACGAUCCCAUGUCGUUCUACACUAACAAGAGACCAUCCAGUUCUUGGCCUAUACAAGACGCCAAGUAGAGAAGUACCCGUCAAUAUUGCCAAUUUUGGAAGCUUUUUGCGUGAGCGGCUCCUGUACUUUCAAACAGAAAUAAUCUGUUAAAAUUAAGAGAAAUUCUGUUGUCUUGAGUCACGCUAGAAUUGGUUUUUAUAUGUCCACAGAUUAUUCUGUUAAAAAUAGCAUACAUAUUCUAUUAAUUUAACAUGAAGAUUGUAUUAUACUAACAGGACAUCGCGUUGAAUACAAGAAUUUGAAAGUAUUAUCUUAUAAUAGCAGAACACAUUCUAGCGUCACUCAAACAACACUCUGUUGUCAAAACAGGUUGCUGUUU